AUGAUGCGUUACAAAUCUAAACAGGAGCAAUUCUGGAUUGCCUGUAGUUUUGGACGAGAAGAAGCAGCUAAAAAGCUUAUAGAAAUCGGUGUGGAUGUCAACUGGAGGUCCUAUGUGUAUGAGUGUUAUCCUAUACAUGUAUGCUCUCAAGGGAAACCUCGUAUUUUGCAAAUGAUUAUUCAAGCUGGAGCUAAUAUCAAUGCACUUGACUCAGGCGGAAACACGGCUUUACAUCAUGCCGCUAUGUCAGGCAAUAAGACGAACGUGAGUAUGCUUCUGGCUUCAGGUGUUGAUGUUGACAUAGCUAAUAAAAAUGGGUGGACACCGUUGUUUAAUGCUGUUUACUGGAAUCAUCCAGCUGUCACAGAGAUGUUGUUGACCAGUGGUUCCAGUCCAUUUAUAAAGAAUAAGAAUGGAAGAAUCCCAUUGCAUGAAUUAUGCCGAACUAAAUCUAAAGAGUCGACAAAAAUACUAGAAAAUCUCGAAUUAAUUCUGAAGUAUAUGAGUAAAUGUAAGCAAAAAGAAUUGUUUGGUAAUGCUGAAAUUGAAUCCAUUUCUAAUGGACAUAAAACGACAUCGAACAAUCUUGUAAAAGGCAUAGAAAUGGAUAAUAUGAGUUUAAGAUCAUGCUCUCAAAAUGAUUGUGACUCAGAGGCUGAUUUUACCCCACUACUUUUUGCUUGCUAUCAUGGACAUUUAGAGCUUGUUAAAACUCUACUAGAUCGUGGCGUUGAUGUGGCUGCCACAGACAAGAACCACUGGACCGCUUUACACUGGGCUGCACAAAGAUGUCAUGCAGAUAUUGUUGAAGUACUAUUGGAUUAUGGAGCAUCAAUUUAUGCAAAGGACCUGCGUGGUUGUAUGCCGUAUGCGGUGACUAGUGAUCUAGGCUUACAAGAAUGCCUCCUACCUGAUGUAGAAUAUCCAAAUAUUAUUUCAAAUGGACAUGUGACAACCGAUGAAGAAGAUGUGGAUGACGAAGAAGAACAUAGAAACGAUGUUGAAGCUUUCCAGGUAAUAAACGCUGAUAAAGUUAAAUCAGAUGAAAGACUGCAACAAACUGCUGUACUUGGUGAAUCAACAAGUCCAUCUGUGAUAACUAAACAAUUUGAUCUUUUGAAAUUGUCCCUAUUUCAAAGUCAUGUCGAACAACUAGCAACUGCUGAAACAGCAUCACCUGAACUUUUUAUCGGAACGGUAUAG